AUGGAGGCGGCGCUGGCGCCGGCCAGGCCAUUCAAGAUGAGGAAGAGUUUCGCCACCCGGCUAGAAGAAGUAGCAGGAAUCCGGGCGAAGUUUCCAACUAAAAUCCCGGUAAUUGUUGAGAGAUACCACAGAGAGAAGUAUCUUCCUCUCUUGGACAAAACCAAGUUUCUUGUUCCCGAGGAGCUGACCAUGACACAGUUCAUAACCAUUAUCAGAAGCAGGAUGGCUCUAACUGCUACACAAGCUUUCUACCUGCUGGUGAACAACAAAAGCAUAGCCAGUAUGUCCUUGACAAUGGCAGAAGUGUACAGGGACUACAAAGAUGAAGAUGGAUUUGUGUAUAUGACAUAUGCUUCCCAGGAGAUGUUUGGAUGUUUUUCACCUACAGCUGAAGGGGAAACUAUGGCACAACUUAAAACACUUCAGGUUGGGUCCGUGUGCUGCAGCAAAGCAAUUUGA